GCCACUGUCUCGUUAUUUUUGUUACUUUGUACAAAAUAUAUUCAACAUUCAAGAAAUGAAAUUUCCAUACACGUGUUAUGUGCUUAUAAUCUUUAUGAGUGGAAUCAAUAAUAGAUAUAUUGGAGAGACGACACCUAUUAAGAAAAUCGAAGAGGAUAAUGUUGUUUUAAGGAAAUUACUGCAAAGUGUACAAACUGACGUAAAAGAAGAUUCAAAAGCAUGGAACGACGUGCUUGCUAAGGUAUUUGUAGAUUCAAUAAAAUCAGUAUUCUCUAGUAACAAUGAAAGUAGAGAGAAAAUAACUGAUAGCUCCGAAAAUGGAUAUUUUACAAAGUGGAUCAGUAAAAGUUUGUUGUUUUUCAAGAAUAUUUUCUAUGGGACAUCAACAACGAAUGAUGUUAAACCUACAAAUCCUACAAAACCUACAACUCAAUUGGAAACAUUAGGUGAAAACUACAAUCGAGCUGAUUCUAAGGAAGUAACAGAUACCGAUGUAAUCAAUACAAAUGAUGAUGUAGAAGUGUUUGAACCAAAAUACCAUGGAAAAAGGUGUGCUGGCUGCAAUGAAACGAGUGAUAGUAAUUGUCCAGAAGGGCUAGUAAAGGAUAACAAUGGUGAAUGUGUUCUAAAAGUUGAUGAAAAAUUAAUAAUAGCUAUUCCCGGACAGUGUCCAAAGGGUUACAGGAGAGACAAAUUAAAUUAUUGUAGAUUACAAUUUGGAUGAAAUAAGUUAAUGUUUUAGAACGUUAUCUAAAACAGAUCAAUUUUGAUACUUUAUUUCGGCUAUUUAAAACUUCCUAUUCCUAGUAGGGUAAACUGAAAUGAAAUGAAAUUAUUUCAAAAUGAUAACAAAUUCAUGACUUUGUUUUUGAUUUUCCUUAUUAUUUUAUUAUGUCUUUUCUAUUACAAAAUAUUUUUUAAAGUAUUUAUGUCGAUCAUUUGUUUCUAAAUC